AUGGGAGGAAAAAAAUCUAAGCCGGUCAACCGAGAGGAAUUGUCACCAGAGUUAUAGCAGAUGGUGGAUGAUGUGUUUAAAAUCUUCGACAAGGAUGGGUCAAAAACAAUUGAAAAGGAUGAAGCAGUGAAACAUUGGUCUAAGAACUUUGGAAAGAUAUCCGCGAACGAGUUCUUUAAUACUGUCGACUACAACCACGACGGCUAGAUUCAGUAUCAUGAGUUCGUAGACUUCUGGAAGAUCGUCAAGGGUUCCGGUCACUCCGAGGAGGAGAUUCAAGAAGAGUUGGAGCGUAUUAAGAAUGGAGAGUCAUGGAUAGGAUUUGACGAUUUGCCUGCCUAAUAUAUGGGAAAGGAUAAAAGAUGA